UUGGUCGGUCCUGACCCCGCCUUUAGCGCAUCUCAUUAGCAUCUCAUUAGCUGUCCGCUCGGGCUCGGGAGGCAGCCACCGCCGCCAGUCUGAGGCAGGUGCCCGACAUGGCGAGUGCUGUGCUGCCGAGCGGAUCCCAGUGUGCGGCGGCAGCGGCUGCGGCGGCGGCGGCAGCGCCUCCCGGGCUCCGGCUCCGGCUCCUGCUGUUGCUCCUCUCGGCCGCGGCACUGAUCCCCACAGGUGAUGGACAGAAUCUGUUUACUAAAGACGUGACAGUGAUCGAGGGAGAAGUUGCAACCAUCAGCUGCCAAGUCAAUAAGAGUGACGACUCCGUGAUUCAACUGCUGAACCCCAACAGGCAGACCAUUUACUUCAAGGACUUCAGGCCUUUGAAGGACAGCAGGUUUCAACUGCUCAAUUUUUCUAGCAGUGAACUCAAAGUGUCACUGACAAACGUCUCCAUUUCGGAUGAAGGGAGAUACUUCUGCCAACUCUACACUGACCCCCCACAGGAGAGUUACACCACCAUCACAGUCCUGGUCCCGCCACGUAACUUGAUGAUCGACAUCCAGAAAGACACGGCCGUUGAAGGGGAGGAGAUUGAAGUCAACUGCACUGCCAUGGCCAGCAAGCCAGCCACCACCAUCAGAUGGUUCAAAGGGAACAAGGAACUGAAAGGCAAAUCGGAGGUGGAAGAGUGGUCGGACAUGUACACUGUGACCAGUCAGCUGAUGCUGAAGGUGCACAAGGAGGAUGACGGGGUCCCAGUGAUCUGUCAGGUGGAGCACCCUGCAGUCACUGGAAACCUGCAGACCCAGCGCUAUCUAGAAGUGCAGUAUAAGCCACAAGUGCAUAUCCAGAUGACUUACCCUCUACAAGGCCUGACCCGGGAAGGGGAUGCGCUUGAGUUGACGUGUGAAGCCAUCGGGAAACCCCAGCCUGUGAUGGUAACUUGGGUGAGAGUCGAUGACGAAAUGCCUCAACAUGCCGUACUGUCCGGGCCAAACCUGUUCAUCAAUAACCUAAACAAAACAGAUAACGGUACUUACCGUUGUGAGGCUUCUAACAUAGUGGGGAAAGCUCAUUCGGACUACAUGCUGUAUGUAUACGAUCCCCCCACAACUAUCCCUCCUCCCACAACAACCACCACCACUACCACCACCACCACCACCAUCCUUACCAUCAUCACAGACACAACGGCGACGACAGAACCAGCAGUUCACGGCCUUACUCAGUUGCCCAAUUCCGCAGAAGAACUGGACAGUGAGGACCUCUCAGAUUCUCGAGCAGGUGAAGAGGGCGCCAUUGGGGCAGUGGACCACGCAGUGAUUGGCGGCGUCGUAGCUGUGGUCGUGUUUGCCAUGCUUUGCUUGCUCAUCAUUCUGGGCCGCUAUUUUGCCAGACAUAAAGGUACAUACUUCACUCAUGAAGCCAAAGGAGCCGAUGACGCAGCAGACGCAGACACAGCUAUAAUCAAUGCAGAAGGAGGACAGAACAACUCGGAAGAAAAGAAAGAGUACUUCAUCUAGAGCAGCCUUUUUGUCCCAAUGAGGUGUCCAACGGGCCCGUUUAGAUGAUAAAGAGACAGUGAUACUGGAACUUGCAAGAAGCUCGUGUGUUUUUUAUGAGUGGGUGGAAAGAUGCGAGACUGGGAAGGCUUGGGAUUUGCUAUGUAAAAACAAAAAGAAAAAAAUGUUCUUUGAAAAGUA